AUGCCUUCGAUUAAGAAUAAGAUUUCAUAUUAUUACGAUUCUGAGGUUGGCACCAGUUAUUAUGCUCCCAAUCAUCCUAUGAAACCACACAGAUUAAGCAUGACACAUAGCCUAGUGCUUGCAUAUCGACUGCAUGAGAAUCUUGACGUUUUCAGGCCAAGAAAAGCAACGACAAGUGAGCUUGCUCAAUUUCACGCUGAAGACUACGUCGAUUUUUUAUCAAAAAUUACUCCAAAUACCCAGCACGAGUAUCUCACUCAAAUGCAAAGGUUCAACCUGGGAGAAGACUGUCCCAUAUUUGAUGGUUUAUUUGAUUUCUGCAAAAUUUAUUCAGGUGGCUCUAUUGAAGGAGCAGUUCGAAUCAACCAUGGAACUUCAGACAUAGCAAUAAAUUGGUCAGGUGGUCUGCAUCACGCAAAGAAGUCUGAAGCUUCUGGAUUUUGUUAUAUAAACGAUAUUGUUCUAGCUACUCUUGAGCUGUUGAAGUAUCAUGCAAGGGUACUAUAUAUAGAUAUAGAUAUUCACCAUGGUGACGGUGUCGAGGAAGCAUUUUAUCUGACAGACAGAGUCAUGACAGUAAGUUUUCACAAAUUUGGUGAUCUUUUCUUUCCAGGGACUGGAGAUUUAGGUGAUAUAGGAAUGAACAAUGGGAAAUAUUAUUCAGUCAAUGUCCCACUCCAUGAUGGUAUGGAUGAUCAGAAUUUCAUAGAUAUCUUCAAGUCGACGAUGCAAAAAGUCAUGGAAGUUUUCCAACCUGGAGCUAUUAUUCUACAGUGCGGAGCAGAUUCUCUCGCUGCUGAUCGCUUGGGCUGUUUCAACUUAACACUUCAAGGCCACGCAUCAUGCGUAGCUUUUAUGAAAUCAUUCAACAUUCCACUUUUAGUUCUGGGAGGAGGUGGAUACAUUAAAUCAAAUGUGGCGCGUUGUUGGGCAAAUGAAACUGCAACUCUACUUGGAAGAACUUUGGACGAGAAUAUUCCAGAGCAUGAAUUUUAUUAUGAAUAUUAUUCAGAUGCUUCAUAUCAGUUAAAAGUUCAGCAAAAGAACCCUAUCGAGAAUUUGAAUUCAUGCUCAUAUCUUCAAGACAUUAAAACUUGUAUCCUCAAUAAUCUUAGUCAAUUGGAAGUAGCACCUAGCGUUCAGAUGCAUGAGUUACCUCCUGAAGCUUUUAUACCAGAGCUGGAUGAUUCUGCGUUGAAUGAAGAUGAGCUAUCUAGGAAUAUUAUCAAGAAUAUGGCGGUGAAUGAAAUGGAGUCGCGUGAUCGAGAAUAA